CUCUCUCUCUCUCUCUCUCUCUCUCGUUUUCUGCCGAAGACCCGAAGUCAUCCAUUUUUCUGUCCCUUUCCAGAGGAGGCUAUACCUCGCUCUUCCGUGGAGCGCUGUGGCCAUUGCAUGUCACCCGAAUCGGCUCCUCCAGCGAUACGACGACGAUGCCCACCGCAGCCUCACCCUCAGUCUCCGCCUCCGCCUCUUCAACCAGCGGGGCCCACUCGGACCUCCUGACCCGGCUGACGUCACCCGACUCCGACGUCCAGCUCAAGGCUCUCAGAGAGCUCAAGAACCGCAUCAUCGGCAACCGCACCAAGAAGCUCUCCUUCAUCAAGCUCGGCCUGGUCCCACCCGUCGCUGCCAUCCUCGCCUCUAGAGCCCAAUCCCAAUCCCAGGCUCAUCGCGACAACAAUCUCCUUGUUCAGUCGGCCGCUGCCCUCGGAAGCUUCGCUUGCGGCUUCGAUGUCGGCGUCCAAGCCGUUCUCGACGCCGGCGUAUUUCCUAACCUCUUAUUGCUUCUAUCGCAUUCUGAUGCUAAGAUUGUCGAUUCCGGUGCACGUUCCUUAAGGAUGAUUUAUCAAUCAAAGCUGGCUCCAAAGUGUGAUUUCCUUCAAGAGAAAAACAUGGAGUUUCUUCUUAGGUUAUUGAAUAGUGAGAAUGAAAAUGUUACUGGACUUGGUACAAGUAUAAUCAUACGUUCUUGUGAGACUACUGCUGAACAGAAGGCACUGUGUCAUUCUGGGGUUGUUAAGAAGUUAAUUAGCCUUCUUGAAGGUUCUCUAAGUCAGAGAGAUAAUAGUUUAGAGUCUCUAGCCACAAUUAUGAAGAACAAUGUCGAAGCUGUUUCAGAGUUUGUGGGAUCUGAAAAUGGGAGAGCUUUGAGUUCUGUAAUUGAAUUGACAAAGGAUAGGUACCCCCGUACCAGAUUAUUGGCCUCUAUGUGCCUGAUUGUUAUAAGGAACUCCUCUUCUUGCUAUUUGCAAGACAUAGGCAUCAAAACCAAGUUGGUGCAUCUCUUACUUGAACUUCAUGAUGAUCCUGGUCAAGUUGGAGAUGAAGCUCCCUCUGCAUUUUCUAGUUUAAUUUCUGAGAAACUGGAUCUACAGAAACUAGCAUUUGAGGCAAAUGCUGUUGAUAAACUUUACAACCACUUGCAAAAGAGUCUGUUACAUCCCAAACGCUUCGAAGGAAUUUUGCUGGCACUGGCUGAUCUAUGUUCAAAGUUGGAAAGCUGCAGGUCUAGAUUCCUGUCGUUGCAGGCAUUGAAAUUGGUAUCUGAUGCACUAACUCAUGAUAGUUUUGAAGUACGUACGGCAGCUUGCAUUUGUUUAAGAUCUGUCUCUCGGUCAAUCAAGAAUUUGUGUGCAGGUAAUUUUAUGAAUGAAAUGAUUGUCCCUCCCUUGGUUCGGCUAUUGGAUGACCCCUCUACAUCUGUCCAGGUUGCAGCUCUCAGUGCGAUUGGCAACGUAGUAGUUGAUUUUACCAUGCGUAGGUCAUUGUUUGUACUGUGUGGAGGUGUGAAACAGCUUGUUCAGUUAUCCAGAUCAAUGGAUUCAACUGUGAGGUUAAAUGCUAUAUGGGCUUUAAGGAACUUGACGUUCCUUGCAGACAAUGCAUGUAAACAAGAGAUCUUCAUGAAGCUCACAGCUUCUUCAUUAGCAAGUGUCAUCUGUGACUCUGAACCUUUUGUCCAAGAGCAGGCUCUUGCACUGGUCCGGAAUCUUGUUGAUGGAUGUAUGAAGUCUAUUGAGCUUGUCUUUGCUGAAGAUGGCAUGUUAUUAGAUGCUGUUGGGAGGCAAUUGCAGAAUGCUUCAAAAGAUGAAAUUUGGUUACAGGGAAUGUAUGUGUUUGGCAAUGUUGCAAGUGGGAAUGAAUUUCACAAGGAAGCAGUUAUGCAGCAACUCAUUCCACAAGGAGACAAUGGGACACAAUCUUUUAUUCUCAAGUUUUUGCAGAGUAAUGAGAACCAAUUACGUACAGCUUCUGUCUGGGCCAUUGUGAAUCUUACUUUUCCAUCAAGUCCUGGUGCAUUUAGCCGCCUUGUGAAACUACACGAUGCUGGCAUAGUUUCUCAAGUAAAGAGCAUGGUCAAUGAUCCUUGCCUAGACGUGAAGCUUCGAGUAAGAACAGCGAUUGGGCAGUUUACAACCUUCGGUGAUUGCUCAACAUGAUUUUCCUACCCUCUGACCACUGGCAAAGAACAGGAGUAAUGAUAAAGUUGCACUAGUUUUGACCUCAUUGUAUAUUCAGCGUCCUUUGUGGCUUGCAACCACAUGGUGUAACACAUUGCUUUCUUUCCAGUCAGAGCGGUGCGGAAGCUUGCUAAUUUUGGGGGUACUCCUAACCAGGUUACCCAUCAUUUUUCCCUAUCAUACUUCCUGUUCCAUUUUUGUUUCUUUGAACCCCAUUUACUAUCUUGUAUCAUAUGGUUGAUGUAGUUAUGUAAACUUAGUGUACCAUCUGACUGACAUCACGUAGUGUGCACAAUACUGUCGUAUCAUGUCAGAUUUUUAAACAUGUAUACAUCGGCAAUCUUUUACUUCCAAAUGUAUAAAGUGACCAGAAUAAUCGUGGCA